AAUCAUUUGGUGAUCUUUUCCAGAUGAAUUUCCUUAGCCAAAUGUGUUCAUGGGGACCUCGUGUCCAUGGCGGAAUGACUAAUCCUGUUGUGCCUAUUGUUAUGCAGCAACGUUUUGCUGCAAGGAAAGGUACCCGUGAGAGGAAAAGAAAAUUGCACAAAAAGAAAGUAAUCGAGAAAACUGAUUGGGUUUCUCCUCGUGAACGUCGUGCAAUGAUGGAAAUGGAGAUGAAGGGAGCCUCUGCUCGUUUGCGGGACAAGAAUAACUGGCCGCCGGUCGACGACGUUUUCCGCCAACUCUACUACAAGCGCAUUAAAUGGACAGAAGUUUCAGAUGCUACUACAUUUUUUCGUCAAUAUUUCCACCCUACUACUCGGAACGAACCGAAUUCGCUGCUUUCUGCGUACAUCGAAUUGGACCUGCGAUUACCGAAAAGGUCGGCCAAUGCGAUGCAGCGCUAUCUAGAUCCAUUUGGUGACAUCGUCAACUUGCCAGUUUCGUUCGAGUCGCCUGUAACGAAAGAACGAUCUGUGAUUGCAUUUGCCAAGUCGCCGGAAGCCCAAGAAGCCGCCGUGGAAGGCGGCGCCGCCUCUUCCGGAGGUAUUUCUCUAAUCAAGGACGUGCAGAGCGGAGAACGAGACCUGAACGAUUUUGCGUAUUUUAUCGCACAUCCGGACAUUGCCAUUGAACUGGCGUCUUUGCGUGGUGUCAUGAAGAAGAAAUUCCCGUCCACCAAGAAUGGUGCCCUGAACGCGGAUUUGAAGCUUGCCGCGAUGAAAUUUUCUCGAGGACUUGAGUAUCAGGUUUUGAAGAGCAACAGGGAACCUGACUUGGGAGUCUUGAACCUUCCCAUCGGACGAUUACUCCUUGGCGAUGACGAAAUCGAAGCGAAUCUUCGCACGAUCCUCAACAGCAUUCUCCGGUUCAAGCCCGAAGAUUCCAAGCGAGUCGGAGCUCUGCCGAUCACCUGGCCUUUCAUCAACCAUGUCCUGAUUGAGAUUUUCGCCUUUUUCGAAAUCGACUACUUGAACGAUACUGUGGAAUUGUCGCCGGGCCAGAUCAUGUUUGCCGGGUUGUUCAUGCUCGGGACUGCGAUUGCCAACGUGUUCCAGUGGCUGCCUGUGAACCUGAGCCCAGUUCUGGGGCCGUUCACCGGCAGAAGGAAUGGGUUGUUUUUGUUGUCCAAGGAAGACCUGGCCCAGGCUGGGGACUGGGCCUUUGUCAAGAGUCUCCCCAGGAUCCUGGACUCUGAUUUUUCGAGGAUGACCAAGAAUUACUGGAUCUUUGGAAGG